AGUUCUUCUAAUACUCGUAUGUGAAUCCAGUCAAUAACGCACGCAACAAAAGUUCUAAAGAUAAGAAGAUAAUUUUCCGAGUAUUGAUUUCCCUCAACAAACGACAAUUUUUUUGCUUUUAUUACUUUAUUGACCGAAAUAAUAAAAUUAUAGAAACAUGGGAAAACUUCGAUGUUUUCGUUCUAAAUCAGUGGAUUCAGUUUAUACAUCUGUAGAGAAUGGUCAGAACGAUAUGAAUAAAAAACAGUUUUUUAAGAGUUGGAAAUUGUGGCAGAAGAUAACGUUUAUUUCGGGUGUAGCAUUAUUUAUCAUUCUACUUCUCAUAUUUUUGGCAAUAUGGGUAAUAUUCCCACUUGUAUUUAUGAAUACGAUAUCACUACAAAGGUUCUUCAUAUUCUUUAAUUUUCAAGAUCCGAAGAAUCCCGAAUUCAACAAUCCUCAAAAAUAUGGCAUGAACGGGGUAGUAAAUUUCUAUAUAACCACCAAAGAUCUGUUAGACGGCUCUCUAGUAAGCAUCGGGGCUUGGCUUCUGUUACCUGAAAAACAGAUACAAUCCACAAAAAUCGCUGCCCAUGAUGACAAAACAGCAACUGAAAUCAUUAGAAAUACAGAUUAUCCAAUUGUAAUUUAUCUACAUGGUGUUGGUUGUAACAGAAUAAAGCCGAAAGAAACCUAUGAAGUGUUACGAAAGCACUUUUUGCUCAUUUCACUGGACCACAGAGGUUACGGCGAUUCAGGUCCAGAUAUACCACCAACAGAACUAGGAAUUGUUGGUGACUCAGCCAGGUUUUUAAAUGGAUCCGAUCUCUAACAGAUAACGAUAUUUACGUAUGGGGCCAUUCACUAGGAACAGCUUUAAGCACUCACACAGUCAAAAGGCUCAAGGAAGAAAGUAUCGUACCAUCCGGACUAAUAUUAGAAUCUCCAUUUACUACGAUGAGGGAGGAAAUUCCAGCAAGUCAGUUAGGAAAGAUAUUUUCAUGGAUGCCAUGGUUCAAAGCGACUGUGCUAAACCCAGUUGAAAAAAAUGGAUUUCUAUUUAAAACUACAACAAAUAUCCUUGACGUUGAUUGUCCAAUCAUGAUUAUGCACGCUCAAGACGACAACGUAAUUCCCUACACCCUUGGCCAAAAGGUAUACAAUGUUGCCCGUACGGAACGAAACAUUCCAGCUCAAGGAAACGUUACCUUCCAUCUAUUUGGAAUGUUAGGAUAUGGGCAUGUUGGUAUUACAAGCGAUCCACAUAUACCAGAAUAUAUUGACGAGUUUAUGGGAUAUUGCAAGGACCAGAAUAAAAGAAGGGGUUGAUACAUCUUCAACUGUAAAAAUCGAAUGUUCAAAGAGAAAUGUAAUUUCCAGUUUUGUUGUUUUUAUGCUAUACUAUCCACAACAGAAACCAUCACAAUAGUGUGUUCAAAUUCAAAAGUCAGAAAAAAUGUUCAAAAGUGAAUAUCAACUAACUUGGAAUCUUAUAUGGUCUGAAAAUUUAUGGAACUGAUACAAAAAAUAAAUCUAUUGUAUUCGAUUUUUGUAUUAGUUUCCAGAAACAUCUGUUUGCAACUGUUCCGGCGUCUAUAUUUUGUUACCUAAGUAUUUAUUUAUUAAAUUUUUGUAUG